AGUUUUUUUAGGUGAGUUUCUCAGUUGAUCCAGCAAUAAAUUAUUAAUACCGAAUUUGAAAGUUUACACCCUGUUUUCUAGGCAAUGGUUGUUGUAAGUGAUAAUUGGGUGAAAUAUGACCUUUCCUACCCAUCCCAACCUGAUAACAGUAAUGCAGUGAUUGCCACUGAUAACAUGACAGCCAAGGCAAUCCUCACUUGCCGUCCCAAUUCUCACCUUUUCCAAGAUCGUACCCUCUCUCUUGAGCAACCCCUGAAAGUGGGUAGAUCAGUUGCUAGGGCUAAACCAACAGCCACCAAUGCCAUUUUCGAUUGCAAGGUGCUCUCCCGUCAUCAUGCCUUACUUUGGUAUGAAAAUGGAAAGUUUUAUCUGCAGGAUACCAAAAGUAGUAAUGGAACUUUUGUAAAUAAUAAUAGACUUACUGCUGAAAGUGAGAACCAUGAGCUCAGUUCUGGUGAUAUUGUACAGUUUGGUGUGGAUGUAGUUGAAAAUAAUAGGAAAGUCACUCAUGGCUGUAUAAUAGCUACCAUCAAACUCUUCUUGCCAGAUGGAAAAGAAGCUAAAGCAAGUCCAAUAGACUAUGAAGAUCGACAUGGCAUGGUACCGUUGGACGACCUUUACCGCCUCAACCGCAUCAUCCAGGAGGCCAACCAGCGUGAGCAGGGCCUCGAGCGCAAGCUUUCGGCCCUGCAGCGUGUCAUCGACGACACGAGGAGAUCGGCAGAGGAUAGCUGGCAAGCUUACGUGGGGGAAGAGAGGCUGCUGUCUAGAGUUUCGGCAUUGGAGACAAGGCUGCAGCAGACCGGCAAGAGCUGGGGUGGCGAGGAUCGGCUGAAGGAGGAGGUGGCCAGACUGCAGGAUGACAAUGAGGCUUACCAAGUAGCAGCAAAGGAGGCGUUGGGGAAACUUCAUGCUGAAAGAUUGCAAGCCGUGGCUUUGGCUAUUGAACAAGAAAGGGCGAGAUUGAGUGCCGAACAGGAAGCCAUGCUUGCUAAAGAGCAAUUCGAACAUGCUCAAAUUGAGUUAGAAGUUCUAGCAAGAAAACUGACAGACCACAUGAAUGACGCCGAUUCCCAACGGAUGAAGCUGGAGGAGCGGGAGCAAGAAUUGGAGGCGAAACUCGAAUCAGAAUCAGGAAAAUUAUUAGAUCUCCAGUUGAAACUGCACGAAAUGAACGCCCUGUCUCUACAGGACUUCCAGAAAAUUGUAUCUCUGGAAUGUCUGCGGCAAGAUCUGAUUUAUAAUGAUGAUGAUGUGAAAUGCAAAGAAGAACUCAUUGCCGAAAAUGAGGAUUGUGAAUCUCUAAUGAAUAAAACUAAUGGUGUCGAGAACCAUAUCAAUUUAACAGUUGGUCCUGUUGAAGAAAAAGCUGAAUUGGAGAACACAAUUGACGAAAAAUCUGACUCUGAAGAUUCAUGUGGUGGCCUGUCUGAGAAGAAACAGAAUCAAGAAGAAGUCAGACAAGUCACUUUCAAUUUACCUGAAGAAUGCCAGACUAGAAUAGACAAUUCCGAUGAAUCUCACGACGAAUCCGACACGACUGCAGAGAACGACAACGAAAAGGAUAUCUACAGCAGCGACGUCGAUUCCAAGACGCUCAAAUACCAGUUCCAGUCCGCCCAGAAGGAGCUCAAACAGAAAAUCGAAGUACUGGAGUCGAUAGCGAAGGCCAACAAAGCCAAGAUCGCCGAGCUGGACAAAGCUUUAGACGACGAAAAAAGUUUGGCGCAACGAAGGCUGGAAGACAACCAGCACCUCAGGCAGGAUUUCGUUCUGCUGCAGCAGAAAUGGAAGGAGAGUUGCAACGAGAAUCAGCAGUACAAGGAUCGUGUGCAAUGUUUAGGGGACGAGUUGGAGUCGGCGCAGGAGAAACUCAAGGAAUUCAGCGAGACCGCUAAAGAGAAACGCGAAGAAGAAGAAGAAUCGAGCCCCUCCAACCUCGUACCGUACGAGCGCCUCAUGCAAGUGGAAGAAGAACUGGUGGCGCUGAAAGACCGCUUCGCCCGCGUCGCAGAAGACAAGCUCAAGCAGCAGCGCGAACUGACAGCGCUGACGGAACAGUACAGGGCCGUAUGCGACCGGUCGCACAACAAGUACUUCUUCUACGUGGCGCCCUUGGUGUUCAUGGUUCUCUAUUUGCUAGUUAGAAAUCGACAAUUAUUUCUUCAAAAAACCAAGGAUUCGAAUUGAAAUGAGUU